CAAAGCAAAGUAACCUCACCUCGUUCUCGUUCCACAGCUUGCUGAAGAUGUUCUGCACAUGCCGAUCGACGUCUUUCUUUGUGCGGAACAUCCUGUCGGCGAUGUGCGCUGGUUAACACCACUUAGCCUUUCGUUGUGCUUGAUCAGGCGCCAACUGUCGAAAAUUGAUGCCACGAACUUCUCGAGUGCGACUACUAAGCUGCGUGAAAAUCCCCAUGAAAGCGACGGAAGCGUCUCGACGAAUAAGCUUUCGAUAUCAGAAGAUACGAUGGUAGAAGAGAUAAUCAGUCCCAGCAACAAACCCAAAAACAAAACUACUCGACCUCGUCCAGUUUAUCUGUGGAAUGUAUUAGAUGUACAGAAGUGGCUCAGGCGACACUGCAGUGACUAUUAUCAGCUGUAUCAUGAAAAAUUCUUGCAUCAUGACAUUACAGGAAGAGUAUUGUUAAGAAUAAAUGAAAACAUUCUGUUGCGGCUGGGUGUCGAUAAUGAACAACACAGAAUGGAUAUCUGGAGGGAGAUUAUGAAACUGCAUCUCAAGACAGAUAUGUUAGAAAUUAGGGAAUUAGAGCGACGUAAUAAUAUGAACUUUGACUAAAAUAUAUCAAAUCUUGUUAU